AGUGACGAAAGGAGGUCCCGGAUGUGGUUGUUGUUCCCGGCUCCGCUAGGGACGUGCCGGCAGAAACGCGUUGAAAAAGGACAACUCAACUUACUUUAUGUAAUUCACCCGAGUAACACUUCCUCCCUCUCUGCCUCCGAGUUAUUUGUCGAAAAGUAAUAUGUAAAGAAGUGGACUUUUUGUCCUAUGUGCAGUGAACCAGUUUUGCAGGAUGAGCACUGUAAAUGAAGAAGUUAAGCCAGAAGAUGCUAAACUGCAAUCUGAAAAAAAAAUAUACUAUUGUGAAGUUUGUAAAGUUCCAUGUAUGAGUUCUAUAAGUCUUCAGUCACACUAUCGUGGUGCAAAGCAUAGAAAGAAAGAGAAAGCCCUGAGACCCAAGACUGUCUGUUGUCCUCCUGCUCCAGUCUGUUCUGCGGGGAAGUAUGAAACACAAAGACCAGUGAAGCGAGGACUGACGAAGGACAUAACCUCUCUGAAGGAUUUUAUGAACGAUCUCAAAAGAGAAGAACCUCUAGUUGGAUUAGAACAUGUGGUUGAAAUCAGAUUUGAAGGAAGAAAAGAGCCGCAUUAUGAGUGCAAGCUGUGUGGGUUUAAUACAGAAAUGGCACUUAUGAUAGAACAUCUUAGUGGCUAUAAACACAGAAGAGCAUACCUUUCUAAAGAAUUUCCGGAUAAAAUGAAGAGAAAGACAACAGAUGUAAAGGAAUGCAAAGUCUCAUUUCUCAGACGGAUAGCAGGAGAGAUAGAGAAGACUGAAGGGUUAAAAAUGUAUAAGAUUGAAGGUUGCAUAAGACCAAGUACCUCACCCCUAUCAAAGAAGAAAGCAAGGUGGGAAGAUGAUUAUAAGCGUGAGAAUGAUCCCAUUCGGAAACAGAAAGCUCUAGAGUUCUUGGAGACUUUUCACAUCACUUCAGGCUCGGAAGCCACACUUGUCGUUCAUAUUACGCAGGAACUCACAGAAGCUUUGAAGGCCUUUUGUGAAAAGAAAGCAGCAGUUAAUUAUGCUAAUAGUCUGAGGCCACUGAUGUCAAUAUCUGAAAGUGAAUUUCCAUCAAGGAAAAGCAUCCAAAACCACUAUAAGCCAUAUGGAAAAUCCAGAGGAAACUCUAACUGGAAUCAAGCUUUUUUGUCUCAGUAUGAACAGUGUACUGCAAAUGCUUCAUUUGCUCCUGCUAACUCAUACAGUUACCAAACAGAUGAUGGUUCAUCUUCCUGUGGACUAAGACCUAAUGAUUUUGAAGUCAUGUCUGCACUUAGUGACUCUUUCGCUCUUCAGGCUGGAAGUCCUCCCAGUGGUGUCAAAAAAUGGCUGAGACAGUGCAGCAGAUCUGCUUCUGACAGUAAUUCAGCUGGUGGAACGUCUACCUAUGAGACAAAUUCAGUGAGUGAGUAUUCAGAAGAAUAUAUAUCCAGUGAUGUGCGAGGAAGUAAUCUCCCUGUCAGAAUGUUAUAUGGUGGGGAAAGUAUAAAUUGGAGGAAUCAACAAGCAUAUACAAAAGCAAGGAAUAUAAGUGAUCAAGGAUUUUGCUAUCCCAGUUCUUCUGCCCCAUAUGCUUUAUCUGGGAGAUACUCAACAAACUAUCCUUCACAAAGCUUUUCUUACAAGGGUGAUGAGUCUAGGAAUACGUGCAUAUUUUCUGCAAAUUCUGCUUCUUCAGGAAGAGGUAGCUCCAGGUGGAACCAGGAAUCUAGGUGUCUGGAAUUUAGGCAUCAGAAGUCAGACUACAGAAGUGAUUGGAGUUCACAUCAUUAUUACUUUUCUGGGAGUUGUUCAUACGGAGAUUACCAACAGUGCCGAAGCUCGGAUAAGAUGUUUGAUGAAGAUGCUGCUGGUCUUACUCCCAACAUUUUGAAUAGACUACGAGGAAAGGAUUUACCUACAAUGACCAGGAUGCUGAAACAAUUGACUCCAUAUUAUCCAGCACUUCAAAAACUCAAUAUUCAGACAUUAGUCAAUGUGCUAAUAGAAACUAGAGAAAAAGAUUAAGAAGUAACAACAGCUGAACUGGAACCAUGAACAGAUUCAAGAAUCUCCAUCUCUUGGCUUUCAGGAAAGAGACUGCAUUUAAUUCUGUGUUUGUUUUUGCAAGGGAAAUGGAUACACUACAUUUCUCUUUAGCAGAAUGAAUGGAGAAUGUCACAGCAAAGCUGCUCUCUGGGUUUAAUAUGAUGUUACAUGAGAAAAUGUAAACAGUUCUGGGGGAUAGGGCUAUGUAGAAUUGUGAGUGCUAAGCAUCAUUGCCUCAUCUGGAGCAUUUCUGUGACUACUUGCCUCCCUCCGUAAGGCCAGCCAGCAUCUCAUCCUAGAAGCAUGACGCCUGAGAGGUGGUGAUUUAGAUUGUCUUAUUCCUUCUUACUCAGUUCAACCCUGCCGCCUUUAAAGGAGGAUUCAGCUGAUACUAGGAAAAGGAAACCAUAAAUCCAGGCACCUGACUGUUUAAAGCUCCUGGUUUUAAAAACAAAACCAAAAUCUCUAGUGUCCCUCAAGGUACCAGCUAUCUUCGUGAACAUAUCCUGAAGAGUAACAGUUUCAGGUAAGUAAUAUUUCUUCUUGAAUGUUUUUUUUAAUUGAAUUGGAUAAGGUAAGCAUGUUCUGUGUUAAGCAAGCAGGCUUCACUUACUUCCUGUCAGUUUUGUCUUGCACCAGUAAGGAAAUUAAAUCAGUUUACAACUGGAUUUAAGACUUAAGUGUACCCAUUCUUCUGUAGAUGACAUCCUCCAUUCCCCCUUAGGUGGCUUGCUUUUAACUCAAGGCAGUAUCCCCCCCCCCCCCCCAAUCAGUAGGUUUCAGGAUAAUCAUUUUGGUUUUUUUAUGUUACCAAUUUGCUACUUUGCUUUAGGACCUUCUGUAGUGUUACCCGAUCCUUUUAUAUAUACUCAGUUAAAGUAUGGGCUAGGAGGAUGACAGUGUCUAUAGUUCAGUGUUGAUCAUUAGUUCUGUUACAGUGAAAUGUGAAAAAGUGUGGAUUUAAGAGCAGUUGCUCUGAAAUGCCAGUUUGGCACAAAGAUCUUGUAUGCAUUUAGGUUUGUGUUUCUAACAGUCAUUGGCAGAAAUUACAUCAUCUUGAUCAUGGCAAAAUAUGUCAAAUUUUACCUGGCAUAGCAUCUUAGAAAAGGAGGCAUUUUAGCAACUUGGUAUUAUCAGAAUCAGUGUAGAAAAAUGUUUGUCCUGUCACCUCUCCAGCUGAGAUAGCAUGGACAAAUUUAUGCCAUCAUUGCUUUACACAGGGAAGUGUGGCUGUCAGGGAGUAUAAGUAGGAAAAGGCAGGCAAAAGAGCUUGCACAAGACAUAAAAUGUAGCUUUACCAUCCUGAGGUACAAAGGAAUGAAGUUCCUCUCUCACCCUUGGAACAACAUUAAGAGCAGCUUGGACAGAACCAUUAACUUGGCCAGUAGUGUAUUCAUCUAAGAACCACCCUGGCCUACUAUGUAAUAAUACUAGUUUCUCCUAUUUCUUAAGGAAUUUUUUUUAAACAACCCUUUUUUUCCCUUCCCAAACUUUAUUGGCUAAAUGGUAGGUGGUAUGUAUGCUAAGGGCCUGGUGCUGCUUAAGGUUCAAGCUCUAACCUUGCUCUAAACCAUGGAAAAAUAAACUACAGAAAUGCAACCACCACCCCCUUAAAAAUACCUAUGCAAAAGAGUAGACUAGAAAAAGUUGGUCAAAUAUUUUUACUUAAUUUUAAACUCUGUAUUAAAAGUGAAUACAUUAAAUUCUCUUAUAAAAGUAAGGCACAUGCAAAAACAUUGUGCAAGUCUGACUUUCAAAUUUCUUUACAAACUAACAAGCACUAUUUUAAUUUGGCAUUUCUAAAAAGUCAUUUUCCCCAUGCAAGAUAUAUGGAAGAAAGGUGACAUUACACUAGUUAAGUCUAGAUUCUGUGCUUUCUGUACUGUGAGUAAGCAUGAUAUGGUCAGGUGGUACAGCAAUACAAAGUAAAAGCCAACAGACAGACAGUACAAACAUUGUAAAGGUGGUGACCAACAUACAAAAUUUAAGAAUGAGAAGUUGUAUCCAUUUUGAUAUAUCAGUCAUCUUUUUCAGUACAUAAUGAUUUGGCAACUCCAGUCUGUAUAAUGUCAGUGUGCAAUUCCUAGCUGUCACUGUCAUACAAUGCUGAAGACCAUGGAAAGAUACUGCUCAUAAGACACUUGAAUCCAGCCAUCUUGAUCAGUAUCAUAACGUCUGAAUACAUCAGUCAGCCUCUGAAAAGAAAAAUAAAAAAAAACUGUACACAGGGAAAGUUUAGACUACUAUAUAUUCCACUUGCCACCUAGGUUUUGAUAGCUUUAUGAACACUUUCUGAUCAUUACCCUUUGGUCAGUUUACAUUCUCAUGCAUACUAUAUUCUCAUGCAGUUCUCUGCUGUGACUCAUGUUUGAGCUAUGCAGCAGAUCUGAUUUUUAAAAUAAUUGUAUGAUACAACAUCUAAGCAUCAUUGUAUGAUACAACAUCUAAGCCUAUCUAGGCACCUCUUAGACAGUUCAGCCAGCCAGCUUCUUGUGACUGGCUUUAAAAAGGGGGAAAAGGCUCAUAAGACAUGUUCAUAAGACAUUUAAAGGUCAUACAGCUAGACAAAGAAACCAAUGAGAAUCCAAAUUCUCACCCUCUACCAAAUAAACACAGUGUUACAUUAGGAUCUCAGCUGUCUUCAUAAACCUCCUAAUUACAGAUGAGCAUUUAGAGAUGAUAGGCAAUACAGAUAAUGGACCAAAAUAAGUGCCAGUAUGGUUUCACAAACACCAGCAGAAUGACGCUCUCUUUAAAGACCUCUUUAUUAGAGUUUAAAUUUAUAACAAAGUACAGUUAACACCUACUACAAAUGAAUGCAAGAACAACUGAUGUUUUCAGCAGCAGCAAGCAGUUAUGGCUAUAAGCAUAAAGCUAAAAGGAAAGGAACAAAAACACCUGUUUGCAAAUAAGGAAGUAGUACUCCAGCACCGUUCUCUUCAUGUUGCAUGUCAGAGAACAUUUAAGAUACUGGUGCAAUGCAGGUCACUAAGAAAGAAUCCUCCCUCUCCUACUAUAAUUCAGCUUGUCCACUGCUGCAGUUUCCCAACUUUUCCUAAAGUCUUAAAUGCACUUCAGAAGAAUCAGAGCAGUUUAGAGAAACUUUAAGCAUUGAAGUGAGAAAUCAUUUAGUGAUGGAUUUUAAGCAGUAAAACAUAGCUAUAAAAAUUGUAGUUUUUCCUAAUGUAAGUAUUCAUAUAUAGGUUUGUUACAGGAAGUGUUUUGUUGUUGAUGUGGGUUUUUUGUUUUGUUUGUUCUGUUGGGUUUUUUGUGUUUUACUGAACCACUGCCCUUGCAGGAACAGCAAUUAAGACUAACCCACCCAUCUGCCAUGUCAAAUUCUUUUUUAGUUAGUCUGCCUUAAACAAAGACGUAUAAAGCCCCACAACCUAGAUUAAAAGAGUUUAAUUUCUGAUUAUCCUGGAAAGUGUCAUGGGACGUGACACUGCAGUUCUAACACACCCACGAUUUGGAGAAAACGUAUUUAUUAAACUAAUGGAAAUAGUAUUAAAUGUUUUCCUUUUAAUAGCAUUGAGACUAUUUUAUGUUAUUUUUCCCAAUACAGUUUUUGAUCUGUUAAAUAUUUUGAUCAAAUUUAAGUGAUGCAAAUGGAUAAGUGAAGACAAAGUGAGAUGUUUCUAACAUGUCCUGUCCACUUUAUUUAAAUGGAUGUUUAUUUAUAAGCAAGUUUUAUAUCUAAUAUUACAGUCAAAGUGAGAAGUUUAGGAACAGUAAGGGUUUUUUUUUCCUAAUUGGAAGUUAAAGUACACUUACUUUCUUACCUGUAAGACAACACAGCACUGAAUAAAGUCAUCAAAAGCAACUUGCCCUCUUCCUUGUCUGUCAAAUUUCCGAAUAAGGAUGUCAUAGAAUUGGUCAGAGAGUCGAUAACCUUGGAAAAAAGAAAUGAUUUAAAAGGCUUCACUUAACUACAGUCAUUCUAUAAAAAGAAUUAGAUUAUUUAGAGGGCAGGUAUAACAAACAACAACAAAAACAAUUACAAGAGACUAACUUUUUUUUAAUGAGUAUCUACUGCGUAACAAUGGCAUUCAAUUAAAAUGCAUUCAAUAAGAUCAUGCUCAAUAAUGAUUAUACACAAAGUCACAGCAAAAGAUCACUGAUUAGACUGACUAGUUGGUUGAAAGGACUGUUUAGGGCUGCAUCUCUGGUUUUUAUAAAUGAAGUCAAUUGCAUUAAAGUUCUUUUGCCAUCAGAAUCCUACUGUAGUGUAGACAGUUAGCCUUAUUUUAAAAUGAGGAAAGCUGUCAAGUCCCCUCCUAAGUUAAAACAUUUAACUGAAAUAUUGGUAAUGCUCUCAGAGCAGCUAAUAGACAGAAAAUAUUCCACACUUAUGUAUUGACAUAUGCAGGGUUUUUUUUUUGCCUCUUAUGGAAAAAAUGAAAGUGCCUGCAGCAUCGUACCUUUAAAAGGCACCUUAUAUCUAAAAAAGGUAACUGCAUUUUCACCCAUCUCAUUUUUCUUUUUAGUCACAUUUGCCAGAGUAGUACGGCCCUAACUGUAAGCUCAUUUAAUAAUACAAAGCUAUGAAAAAGCUGUAAUUACAAAUGAAUUACCAAAACCUGUUAGUGCUUGCUUUAGCUCAUUUUUGUCAAUCAUUCCAGAAUUGUCCCUAUCAUACGUUCGAAAGACAUUCUGCCAGUCUGAGAUAUACUUCCAGACUCCUGUGAAUUCACUGAAGUUCACACCACCUUUGUUUUCUCUGUCGAACAUGCCUGAAACAAAGAAAAGAAAUAGACACGUAAAACACAACUUUUCAGAUCUAUUAAUUUUAAAAAGGAGGUGAGAAUACUUUGGAAAGUUCUGAAGAAAGAUGAGAAAUUGCUGAGAUGCAAGUAACUUUCUGGAAAGUGCUGCUAAUGCAAGGCAAACACAGAAGUCCAGUGAAAGGGAAAGGUUAAAGCAAGAUAAAAGAGGGCCAGGGUGAAUCACAGAAUAAUGUUGUUUUUCCUGGGUUUUCAUUUCCAAUGUGACAGCAAAAACAUUAAGGGCUUGACUGAUCAUCCAGUGACAAAAGGAGAGAGUGUGUGGCUCUUUUCUAAGGACUUAUGGAAAGAAAAAGUCUGUAACACCCAUUGACUGCUACAUGUGCUGAAAUGCUAAUCUGCAUUUGACUUACUGAUACUUGUCAAGGCUGUGUCUUUUUUAUACAAAUAGCAUGUUGUACAGUGACAGAAUUCUGACUCCUGCUUAAUAUUUAUUAAAAAAAACAUAGCAAAAUACUUAGUCCUUAGAUUUAUAAGCAGUAUGAUAGAUAAGACUGAGCUUGAAUUUUUCCUCUUUCUGUUCUACCACUCAUCUUCUACAUUGCUGGAAUGUACUUUAAGAUGCAUUUAAAAAAAAAAAAAAAGUAAAGCCUCUGUUUUGUCUUUUUGGAGCAGAACACAGGAUUAAAAUACAAUGGGAAAAAUUAAGGCAAGCUGUGUAAUGCCUUUUUAAAUAUUUAAAGCUGACCAUUUCCCUAUACUCUUACUAUGUUUGUUAUCUAUUCAGUUGUCUAGUAACAUUUUCCCAGGUUACUUUGACAAGUGCAUGUAUGUAUACACAAAAGGAAUACAUUUCUGUUUCUCAAAGUGGCCAAUAUUUCAGUUUAUCUUACUACUAUUAGGCUGUCUACAGGAAGGAAGAGUAAAGUACUGUCUUAUAAUGAAAGAAAGACCAGCUUAUUUAUACUAUGACAACUAAACUGCUUCAAAAGGGCUUGAAACAGGCAUUUAUUAUACAAUUCAAUAUAUAAUUAUUUGUCAAAAGCCAUGCAACAAUAGGUGGAGUUCUCAAUCACCUGAACAAAACAUAAAACAACAAUAUACCCUGAAUAUUUCACAUAACACAAUUACACUCACCAAGAAUUGACCGGACUGUUGCUGGAUUAAAAGCAGUCCAUGUGCCUGAAACAGGAACAACUAAUUAGUUCCUCAAUACUAAGCAACACUUAAAAAAAAAUUCAACCAAACAACAAUUAAAAAAGCACAGAUCAAAACUUAUAUAGUGAAUUCGGAGCUAGAUGACAUGGAGCUCACAUAUGAUUAAAACAAGGCUGCUUUGAAAUAACUAAACUAUUGACUAUUCAGGGAUGACUUCUGACCAAUGCUUUACAGAAACCAAAAUAAUUUCUUCAGGCUGCACAAAACAAAACAACCACAGUUCUCCACUCAUUGGAGCAGAUGAAUUGUAAGGUAUAAAUCAAACGAGGUCUUAUAUCUAUUCCUUAGUGGGAAUAUCUGCUUAUGUCUUAUUUUGCAGGUGGAUUACUCCAGGGCAUUUAGUUUCUGACAGAAUUGGAAAAAGGGGUUCCUAACAUUUCAGAAUCACCCAGUGCCAUUUCCAGUUGUUUAGUAUAAAUUCCACCUCUGCUGCUAAAUCAAUGAAGUGUUAGUUUAAGUUAUCAUUUUCAGACCAGGAAGAAAUGUUGCUGCAUAAAAGCACUUGAGCAGUAAUCAUCUGAGGAGGAACUUUUUUCUUCUUUGAAUAUCUGUUCCUGAAUUUUGAGAGCAGCUACUCAUGUUGGACUAGUUUCCACUAGUUUGGAAGCAUUCCACAGUACUAAGAAAUGUUAAGCUGUAAAUUAAGACAUACUGCUUCUCAUCUAGAAUAUCAUCAUUACUUCUCUAGAGUCUGUGAAAGUUCCAGGAGGAUCAAAAAAGCUUGUAUGAAGUUUACUGAAGUUAAGUAUAGGGACCACAAAAUAGCCAAUAUGGCUGAAAUAUAUGGCAAAAAAUAUAUGGCAAAAUAGCCACAUGGGUACUGUAGAGAUGUUUGCAAUGAUGCAGUCUCUGACCUAAUGCAUUGGUAUUAAGCAGGCUUUCCAAAAACAUUGCUGCUUUGCUGAAUCAAGAGGCAGUGGUGUAAGUUUCACUUACACCAAUGCUGAAUUUCUCCUGUAACAGGAAACUGUAUUAGUAUAACUCUGCAGAUGCAGCAAAAAGUGGAGAAAAACCUUUACUGUAGUCAGACUAUACAACUAUUUGCACAUAAAGAGAAAUGUAAGGUCUGGGUUAGUGGAGAAAGAAGAAUAAAAGUAGCUCUGAAAAUGCAUAAGAAACAUCAGUACUUUAGAGAAUAACAAUGCCUUGGAGUUGUAUGUUUCCUGAUAAGGAUCAGAAAUAAUGGAAUUAUUAAUAGGGUGCCAGCAUUUAACUCUCAACAGAAUAGAGGAAAAAGUAAAAACAGAGUUUGAAAGAUAAUUUAUUUCAUGUUGAAAUUUUCAAAGAGACUAAACCAGAUUCCAUAAAGCAGACCAACUCCAGUGCUGAGGAACUGUACCAGUUUCAGUCUGACAGUCUGUUCUAAUAAACUUAAAGGACUACUCCCUCCACCUCCCUGACUCAUUACUAUUAAUUUUAUAUGGCAGGAGAGGAAAAAAAAGAAAGCAGAGGAUUUUAUUGUGCAAACAACUCUAAAAAGUGAUAAUCCCUUUCAGAUAAAUAUAUUGUUAUUUACAUAAAUUUGGCAUUUUGAAAUGCUGGAUGUCAAAAACACUAAAAUCCAACUUCAGUCUGUAAUGAGAGCUAUGCAUUCUUUUUUAGGGUUUUAGAAAUAAAUACAUCUACAUUCUUUUAGCCCAUGUAAGAUUGCAUGACAGCUAUGUACACUUUGGUAUAUAAGAUCUAGAAUCUUUUAGAAUAAAGGAAAACUGGAAAAUCAAGUUAAUUUGUAGUUCUGUAAACAUUUUGCCAGCAUUAAUUUGGUGGAGACUUGUCAUAACUGCCAACCAUUGAAACUGCUAAUAUGUACUGUAAAUACGGAAUGAAAAUAGUUUGGAUAGAAUUUAAUAUAUUUGUGUAAUAAGUAGUGAAGACCAUCAGAUGAGAAGAUAUUCAAAGGAUAUUAAGUUUAAAGCGGCAAAGGCUGCUAUGAACAGCACUGGAAUCUCAAAUGAAAACUGUGACUUUAUUAACUUCAGCUUUUGCUGAAGUUUUUGUUCAGAACAAAAUAUUUUAUUCAGGAAUCAGGUGAACUGAUGCACUGCUUUUAACUUAUCAAAUACAUUACUGAACAUAAACAUCUCAUAAGGCUAAUUUAUUUUAAAAAAAUACAUUUUUACCAAAUAGAUUGAUCUGAAUUUAUUACAAGUCAGGUGAUGACUGACAAAAAAGAGUCUUUUGCAGUGCAGCUCACAAUACCAGUUUAAGCCUUUCUCAGGCACAAUAGAUCAGAAAGGAUGAGAGAAUUAAACAUUCUGAGAAGCGGAACUUGACAUGGACUCAAGAUGUGCAAGCAGCUUCAAAAUCCAGUUUUUCAAAUUUCUCAGGAGAAAAAAAAAGGCCAAGGUAUAACUCCAAACAGCUCCAGUCGCCAGGAAAAAAAAAAGAAAAAAAAAAAGCUAUUGGAAAGAUUCUUCUGUUUUUAUUUGCUUCCAUAAGUUAUUUGAGCACAUCCUAGUUACUCUUCAAGUGUAAUGACAGGGAACUGAAACACUACUAUCACGUUUUAAUACUGGAUCUGGACUGCAUCUUCCUACUUCUUAAAAACAACUCUCCUCACCUAGUUAUCCCUCAUUAAGGGAGGAAAAAUAGAAAAAGUUAUUGCUCAUCAGUAACUCUUACCAAUCUUCAUUUCCUGUACCAUAAUGUACAAAAAGAUUUACAUACAGUAACAAAGCCUGGCUGUGAACAUAUAAUCUUUGUCGAGGUUAUACACUGAUGCUGGUUUAAAAAAAAUAAUAAAUGACAGGUUUAGUAGUGAUGAGUGAGGAAUAUAAAUCACUGUUUUAUGGGAAACAGCUGAAAAAAAAUAGUGAUAUACAUGCCUUCUCUCCCCAGAAGGCAAAACAAUGGGGCUUACAAUAGGAACUCUGCUUGUAGUGCAUUAUUAUUAACAUGCAUCAAAACCAGAAAAUUUUCCUUGAAAUCAAAAAAAUAAGAACAAUGGGCUCAAAAAAAAGGGGGGGGAGGAGAAGACUGUCCACUUUUCUCCUCCCCUUUAGUCUUUGUCUGUAGAUUAAAUGUUGGCUGUGUUUGGCUGUAGAUGGUGUUAAUAGGUGUUAACCCCCCCCCAGCAAAGAACUUUUACAUGAAAUAAUCAGUCUCAUGAAAUUUAGCAUUAAGUUUACAAGUAACUAUCUCACUGCUCAUUUACAGACUUACCAUUAGAUAAUGCCUGUUGAAGUUCAUUAUCAGAUAUUAUUCCACUCCUAUCUUUAUCAACCCUGACAAAAAAAAAAAAAAGUAGUAAGCUUUAAAUGUGUGCAGUUAACAGGUUCCACUUACAGUUGUGGAGAUCUAAUCAUUCUAAUUCCUACUCACAAAAAUAAGAGUAAACUUUUAGGGAAAAGUCAUCAUUUUAUUUGGUAAACCAUUUCACCUUACUACAAAUCAAACACAUCAUUAAGGCCUGUGAGACAUACUGGAACAGAAUACAAAACUACAGACAAUUCUUCUAAUCUUAUUUAUGAGUUAAGAGAUCCACACAAGCAUCCAUACUGACAAUAAGACAAUUUUGGCAUAAUCCACACAAGAAAGGAUUUUUUUUUUCUAGUAAGAGCAGAGUGCACAAUGCUGUAAUGGAAAGGUUAAAUCCACAAAAUGCCUCAUGUCACAAUACUUAGUUUGGCUCCCAAAGCACAGCCCUAACUUAGGCAUUCAGUUUCUCACGGUAAGAUGCUGGUAAUGUAGAGAAAGCCACUAAUGUAACCAGUGCAAAGUGCAGAUAUAACCUACUGCAAGCCUGACCCUCUUCUGGCAUUCAAGCACAUAAUAACAGUAAGUAGGUAGCAACUUCCACUGAGCCUUCACAGUCUAUAGUCUUGGAGUUUUGUCUUGAAGUUAAGAAACCAAGUCAUUUCUACACAGCUAAAGCAGGGUCACUCCUUUAGAAGGAUAUCUAAAGGUGAUGGUGGCUUCCUUCCAUUUUAUAGAAGGAAGGUAGUGGCCACUCAAGACUUGUUUGUCUCCAUCUUCUACUUGAGGGGGGCUCAAAUCCACAAACUCAUUUCUGAAGACUGCCACAUUUAAGCAGUUAAGAGGAAGAGGAAGGAGUGAAACCUUUUUAGGUCAAAGAAAAAAAUCAAAGCUAGGGCUAGUUUUGGAUGACUGAAGCAGAGAAAAGAUAGAGGUCCUAUAAAAUGGCAAACCUCACUUAGGUGUAGGCAUGAGGAAUGCUAAGCUAAUCAGUUCUGAAGAUAACAGACUCUACCUACCAGCUUAAUUUGAUGCUUCCUGCUUCUUGUCCUGGAGUAGGAUCAAUACUCCACAUUCUCCAUGCCACUGACAAUUUUUUAUUUCCUCUCAGUUAUUUCCAUUCCAAAGCAGAGUCAUGCUUAGCUGGUCCUUCUGUAGAAGCCAUUUUAUUUAUUCUUUGCUGUCUUUUUCUAAUCUUUUAAAAUUCUUUCUACUGUAUCAUUUCUGAGGUAGGGAAAGGAUCUAAACUGCAUAUAAUAUUCAAGUUGCAGGCAUAAGUUGCAUAGAUUAUACAAUAAUAAAAAACCAUUUCCUUUGUUAUUGUUAUUUCCUAUUUCUUUCCUAAUAAUUCCUAACAUUUAAUUUACCUUUUAUGAGCUGCUAUUGAGUGCUGACAUUUUCAUGAAAAUGUGUUAUAACUUACCUAUGCCUAUGAAUUGGUCCCGAGCAUUGGUCAGGUUAAAGAACAUUAAUGUUAUACAUAAAGUUAUGUGAAGUUAAGGUGGCUCUUCCUCUGGUAACUCACAUAUCUAUUCUGGAUUUCAUUAACCGUUAUAUGACCAUCAUCUUUCUUAAAAUCCAUCAAUCAGUAUUAUAAGGUGCUCCUGCAAGCUUUCAUAAUAAUUUUUAUACUAAGAGCGAGGACUUAGUGUAAUGAACAAAUUUCACCUAUCAUUCACCUUCAUUUCACCCUCAUAAGCAGCCCCAGUUGCUUAUGAAUGAGUUAAGUGAAGAUCCCAGAAGCACUUCAUCCAUCAGUGUGACAGAUAACCGUACGUUCUUUUUUUUAGUCAGCUAUUUAUCCAUCAAAGGACCCUCCCUUCUAUUCUACGGCUGCUAAAUUUCUUUAAAGGCCUUUGAUACUUCACACUGUUGAAAAACCUCUUGGGAAACUAUAGAGAUGUCACCUGUACCAGUUCUAUCCAUAUCUAUACUCAAUCCUUAUGAAAUAUAUUCACAGAAUUAUACAGUAGUUUGCCAGGUAGGAAUGCUUUCAACAAAAGCCAUGCAACUCUUCCCACUAACUACAUUGUUUAAAGUGGUUUGCCUGGUACAGAAGUCAGAUUGUUCCUCUGUUUCUUUCUAGACCCUUUAAAAAAAGAAGUGGCAUUCUUGUUUACCACCUCCACGUCCUCAGAUGAAGUGGUUUUCAUGCAAGAUUGGCAGGUAAGCCAUCACAUUUCCUGAGUCACUCAGGAAUUACUGAGUAAAUAUUAUCCAGUUUUAGCAAUUUAUUGUUCAUUUCAUCUACUCCUUAACCUGCAAAAACGGGUGCAGUGUCAACAUCCCCUAUUUCUCCCACAGUACAAGGACAUGAAGAAGCCAGUUAGGUUCAUUACUGCUAUCGUCUCAGCACGGGUACUUGUUUUAAUACUGGCCUACUGACUCUCUGGCAGUUUCUGCUCAUGAUGUAUCGGAUUUAUUGUGAGUUUUAAAGCUUUCUGCUAUAAGCAUUCAUCAGAUUCCUUUUUACAAGC